GCCUCCGAACGGUAAAAAGCGAAACGAGCACCUGUUCGGUUAUUAUUUGGUCAUGUGAUUUCAUUGCCUCUGGUCAUGUCAAAAAUGGCCUGGUGGAGUGGUGGACAUAUCAUAAUAUUACUAUUAGCAAUAUUUAUUCCGGUUGUGAUUUUAUCGGAGGAAAAAUACGAUGGAAAUUUACUUGAACAUAGCGAAGAUAUUAUUAAAUCGCAAGAUGCGGAAGAAUCACUUUACAAAAAGGAUAUAAGCCAAUUAACAGACAUUAAGUGUAUGGUUCCAGUGAUACCAGUAAAUGGUUUUAUAGAUGGAACAGAUUAUAGUUUAGGCUCUACUGUGCACGUGCGAUGUAACCCUGGAUACUAUUUAGUUGGGCCAUCAAUAAUGACGUGUCAAGCUGUACCAAAUCCUUUUCAUAAAAUGGGAAUCUGGGAUCCAGCUGGUCACCGGUUUUGUAGAGAGAGACAAAAUGAGAAGAUGUUUGAUGUACGAGAUCUUCCCGCCUAUAAUUAUGCUGCUGAACCAGCUACAGCAGACGAUAUACCGAAAUAUGGCGUGAUGGGAUUGAAAUAUUAUCAAAAACGAGACACAGUUCCGGAUAAAAGUUCAGAACAUUUACCAGAACAAUGCAGCCUUCCAGUAAGAGAAGGGAUGUGUGGGGGUUUCUUUAAUAGAUACUAUUUUAAUAUGGAAUCAAAGGAGUGUGAACCGUUUGUUUACCGCGGUUGUGGCGGUAAUGGAAAUAACUAUGAAAAUUUAGCAGAAUGCUUAAAAACGUGCUACCUUCCAUCUUUACUACCCAUAGUUCCACCGCCUUAGUGCUAUAAUUAUUGGUUGUUAUGUUUUUUUUAUCGUGAAACCUGGUCAAACGAAACAAAAAAAAAAAGAAAGAAAAAUCAAAUAAAAUUGCUCGGUUCUAAACUAAUUAUAUCAAACUACAGAAACUUGCCAAAACUGACCAUUUUGUGAGAUCAGAUUGCCCAGGUUUCACUAUAGUUCUUGAUCUAUGGUCUUUCGUUAGAAAUCCAUUAGUCGUUCACUUAUGUAAUGUUGUAUGUUUCGAAUUGAAUGAUAAUUACAUUUUAGUUUAAACCACUACCAUAUCUACUUCUCGCAAAAUGUAACAUUUGAUCAAUGCCAUGGCAAUUGUGAGAGAGGGAAAGGAUUGUUCUGUUCAUAUUCUCUUACGCGAAAACUUAAUACACUGUAAUGCAAAUGGACUAAAAUUGAAAUAAUAUAAUAUUAUGUAAUGACAUGACGUCAGGUCAAGCGUUAAAUAACGGCAUGUGUAGAACGAAAUAACGUCAUGUCAAACGAAAAAUAAGGUCAUUAUGUAUUGCGUGCAAUUAAGACAUUAUAGAAUGGCGCCAUCUGACGUUUAGGUUAAACUGGUCUAAUUAAAAACUGUGGCACAAUCUAGAAGUUAUCUCAUCACAUUACUUUGAUAUUUAGCGACUACAAAUGGCAUUUCCUGACGGUUUGAGUAACUUAUACAAAGUUAUCAGUCAUAAUGAUAGGCAAAUAUUUGUCUCAAGGCCACAUGAAUAGACCGGAAAUUGACCCUCUGUAUCUGUUAUAUCCGGAUAGAAAGAAACUGUAACAGAAAAUGAUGUCAAAUAAUCAACAAAACGUAGAAUAAACAGUACAUAAAUACAACCCAGUCAAUUCAGAUAAAAACGCAACAAAACUAAAACUCACAAAAAAUCCGCAACCUGCGAAGAUUUAAAACCCAAAUGUUGGAGAGACGUCAUAGGGGAUAUUUCCGUUCCCCAAUCUCUUUCAAUUUUUAAAUCAUAUAUUGUUUAAAAAAAAAAAAAAAAAAAUAUUCAUUUUAUAACUAAUGUCAAUUUUGAAAAGUUUUCAAUUGGUUUCUUAAAAUUUGAAAAUGGUUUAAUAUUGGUGUGAUUCAAAAAUGUCACAAUAUUCUACAGUCUAUAGUGAAUAUAAACGAUAACUUUAACGGCCAGUGCUAAAUGUACUGGUAUAUAUACAACAAUAUAUAUUAGACUAUAUCAACAAAUGAAAGAAAAGUAACUGUGAAAUAGAAGUAACUUUGAGAAAAAAGUAACUUUGAGAAAAAA